CCAAAUGCGGUAAGCCGCUAACGAUGCUGUUGGGCAUAGUGACCUAUGACCUUGGCACCCUGCUGGGUCUAUGGACGGUCCAGCAUUCAGUUCUGGCACAGACGUUCACACAGGGAGUCAUGCCUGGCACGGGAUUAGGUAUCAUCCUGGCAAACUCUAUGGACUACACCUUAGCUUGGCCGGCGGGAAAACACCUGGGCCUUGUAUUGACCAUUUCCACCAACACAAACUUUGGAGCCACGGGCAUCAACUACAUCGUGUCCAGCUUCAUCAAUCCGGAGAACCAUAGCCCGGACCUGGAGACUGACCACACCACUUACUUCACUCAGGAAGAUGUCCUGGACAGGACUCCAUACAGCUUUGUCCUUCUAUCAGUAACAUUCCUCACGAUUCACAUGCUCGGUUUUUUGAUGAUCCGCUUGCCAAGCCCAACAAUUUUUGCCCAGGGCGUAGACGACGCUGAGUCGGCCGUAGCAGAAGCGAAAAAAGAUGAGGAAAAAUAUUCUCUGGCUGCAGGUCAAGAAAUAAGAGUUUACCACGAAGGACCAUUAGAGAGGACGGAAGAAGUUUUACAGAUGGACAAAGAACAACACCAAGUCCUGCCCAACCUUGCUCAGGGAGGUUCCAGUCAUAGUUAUGUUCAGGGAAAAAAUAAUUGUGAUACCGCUGGGCAUCUAGAAAAAUCUAAGUUCAUAUUACCCAAAUUGUCUGGAUUUUUCAAAAGAAGACCUGAUGAAAAAACACCUCUAACAUCCAAUAGAAUAGAGAGAGUAGUUCCAGAAACUCCCGAGGAAGAGACUGUACUGAGCCUACCUGCACCGUCAGAGAACGACACAGAAAUGACUGUGCCAUCUAAAGACAGAGCUAAAAACACAGAGAAAUAUCCACUGAACAUCACCGCUUCUGACGCUAUAAGAAAUAAACAGUUCUACGUGUUGUUUUUCUGCAUUGCUGCAACGGAGUACAACUUCAUCCUAGAAGCCUCCUACUACAAAUUGUUUGCCCAAAACGUCAUAGCAGACGACCAUUUUCUCAGCAGUAUUGGAACAAUGGCUGCAAUUUCUAUUUUCAUUUGUAAACUGUUAUCAGGCGUGGCAAUCGAUACAUUCGGAUUGAAAAACACUUACCUGGCUAUGCUUUCAACCAUAGCAAUUUUAAGCGGGUUUUGGUAUUUUACCGCUUUCAUCAACAAGUGGUUUUAUUCUUUCUGGUCGUGUGCAUACGCUUCCUUUAACUUUGCCUGCUACAGUAGUGUGACGGUAGCGACGUGCAAAGUCUUUGGCUCUGAGUACAUCACUACCAUAUUUGGCCUGAUUUCUGUCGGUGGAGUUAUCGCUACUUUAUGCUUGCCGUACACCACAGAGGUGCUCUUGUCGUGUUUUGGCUGGUUCGGGGCGUUCACUGCUGCCUCAGUGUUUGUUGUCGUGGCUGUCAUUUUGCUAGCCAUCAUCUUCCCAAACAUUAAGUAAAAAAAUCGUGCGUGUGUGAUUUUGUGUAUUUAUGUACUGGUGCGCGCGUACGUGUGUGUAUGUGCGU